AGGCGACCGUGUGCGGUAUUUAAAAUACUUUGUGGCAUUUUGCGCGUCGUCUUUCAACAAUAUUUUUCUGACAAUUGAAUUCAAUUAAAUCAAAAACAAUGGAGACGCCGCGCCGAAAGCUGCGCGACUUGCAUCUGGAGAAUGUGCAGAACAGCAGCACGCCCAUCCGCAUUCCGCCCUCACCGAUGCUGAAGACGCUCCUGGGCCACGGCACCGGCGUCAGCGUAUAUCGCCUGGACCGGUCGCCGCGCCAAGGCCAGAUACGUUCUCCAUGGGCGGUUAAGCGGAUCACCCAGAAUACGCGCAUCAGGAAGGAUCCGUUGUUCAAUGAGCGGAUCGUCUACGAGGCCGAGAUCCUGCGGAAGCUGCAGCAUCCAAAUAUCGUGGGAUUCCGUGGCGUGGUCUCUACCGGCAAGGGCGUGGACACUCUAGCCCUAGAAUUGUGCUCCACAUCGCUGGGCUCCAUUCUCGAGGAGCGUCAUGACGAGGACCUCGGUCCGCUGCCGCCGAAGAACACACUGAAAAUGAUCAUGGACGUGGCCAUGGCCUUGGAUUUCCUGCACAACGAUGCCCGCCUGCUGCAUGGUGACCUCAAGUCGUUCAAUGUUUUGGUCAAGGGCGAGUUUGAGAUCUGCAAACUCUGCGAUUUCGGUGUAUCUCUGCCGCUGGACGAGAACGGCGAGGUAAAUAAGCACAAGAAUCCCGAGCUUAACUAUGUGGGAACAAGCCUUUGGUCUGCUCCGGAGGUCAUUGACGAGGUGGAGAUCAUUGACAGCAAGGCUGAUAUCUUUAGCUUUGGCCUGGUUAUCUACGAGACCCUGGCAUUGGUGCCGCCACAUACCCUAGAACUGGAUGCAGCGCUGGGACAGGACCUGGAGAAUUCCCACGACUUGACUGCCGUCGAUCAUGAACACCUGCAGCGCAAGCUGCUUAAUUACUCCGACGUCGAAGCCAAUGGCGAGGCGACGGCUGAUCCUUCUAACGACACCGAAAUGAGUCACGAAAAUGAGACCAUGCCACAAGAGGCGGAACAUGAUGAUGAUGAUGACGAAGAAGAUGAAGAUGACGAUGAUGGUGAAGAAGAGGGUGACGUCUCUGACUUCUCACUGAACAAUCUACAAUCAGCGUAUGGGACACGCCCGCCACUGCCCGUUGCCUUCCAGCUCAGCGACGACUACAACUGCAUCGUGGAGCUAUUCUAUCUAUGCACAAAUGCUCUCAGCGAGGAUCGACCUGCGGCCAAAACCAUUUGGCAAUGCCUCGAGAAUAAUACUGCGAAUAUGACUACAACGGACUGAUUAUUCAUUGUCGUGAGGUAACCACAACAGAAGCUUCCUCUAAUUAUCUGGAUUUCCUUUAAAUAUAACUUUUUUUUGUUGUGCCAAAUCUGGCACUAUAUAAGUUAGGUUUAAUGUACAUAAUGUAUUCCAGAUGGAAGCCAAGAGAUUUAAGCAAUGAAGAAAGGCAACAUAAUUCUUCCAAAAAGCACUAUAUAAAUAAUUAAACAUGGCCACAAAAAGGGAAUAACGAUUAUAUCAAACCAAGAACCUUACAUUAACCUCCAUACAUUCGAACAUAUAACAAUAUGUAUGAAAAAUCGUACGGUGUUAUGCGUUUUCUUAUCUUAAGGACUUUGAUUAAAUCCUCUAAUUUUAAUCCAGUUUGAAUAAACUAAGAAAUGAGCUUUGACCAUGCGUACAUUAAGUAUGAAAACUAA